UUGUUGUAUCACGGUCGUUACGACUUCACGAGUUUGAACACUGUGAAAAUGUUAUAACACUUUAACCACAAGACGACGCGUCCCCUACAUGAUCUGUGGUUACAGAAAACAAUAAUUGUAGUGCUUAAUCUAAACGUUUCGUGAAUAAAGUGAUUUUUUUCAUUAAUUGCCUCUUUAUUAUUGUAUGGCGUUCGGUGCACAACAUAUUUCUCAGUUGUUUUGAAUUUUGAUAAGGAAACUCGUGUAUGACUGUACUGUUAGCUUGUUGUGCUAGUUGCAUAAGGAUAAAUGCCAGUAUCUUAAUUUGUGGAUUUAAUGUCCUUUAUUUAUUAACUUCACGUACCGAAAAUAUACAAUUUAAUAUGUGUUCUUUGAGAGAUUUUCCUGAACUACGGGAUUGCAGUCUCACAGAUAAGAAUGUAUCCAUGGCAUUGGUCAUUAAAAGAGUGAAACCUGAGGCAAUUGAUUACCCAAAUAUUGUGAUCCAGUUGAAAGGAGAUCAAAACCCUGAAUCAUUAUUUUUACCAACUUCAAGACUAACAACAUUACAACAAAUUUUAAGUAAAUUUGCUGAGGAAAACUUCUGGACUGCGUGUGAUGAACUAGCAAAAUAUUUUAAAAGAAAUCCAAGUAAUUUAUCAGUUCUUAUGUAUCCAUUAGGAGUAAUGAUGAGAUUUUCUCCCCGUGCAAGUUUGAAGGGCUCUGAAAAUUUGGUGUUGACAGAUAUAAGUAGAACAAAAUUGUGGUCAUCAAGCGUGGUACGUUGUAUAGCAUGGCACCCACAAGUAACUAAACUUGCAAUUGUUUCUUCCCAUGAUAUUGUCUAUGUGUACAAUCGAAAAGGUUCUGAAGCUAAAAUAAAAAGGAAAUCUCAAAAUGCCAUUUUAUCAUUAGCUUGGAGACCAUUGAGUGUUGGUACUUUAGCAGUGGGAUGUGAAAAAGGUAUUUUCAUCUGGACAAUUGAGUUUAGCAACAUACAUGUAAGACCAACUGUAAAUAAUGUUUGCAAAUUUGUCAGAGACGAUCAUAGAUAUAUUACUGGAUUAUCAUGGAAUAAAAUGGGUGAUCUUUUGAUAUCCAGUGCAGUGACAUCUAAAACAAUGUAUAUUUGGAAUUAUCCUUUAGAAACCUGUGUUCCAUUGCGCAGCAUUAGUUCUGACACAUUAAACUUUGUACAUUGGUCGCCUGAUAAUACUAAAGUGUUUUCCUGUUCAACCAGUGAAACAUUUAGAAUUUGGUCAACUGAUAACUGGACUUCAGAUAAGUGGUCUUUGAAUAAUCGGUCUAGAGUGCAAUGCGCGUGUUGGUCACCUUGCAGCUUAGUUUUAUUAUUUGCAACAGAUUCUUGUUCAAUCAUAAAUGCUAUUGACUUUCGAAAAUCAGACGUGUUUAAUGGAUCAACGAAUUACAAAAAAGUUGCAUGGCCUAUAGUCGACAUCAAAAGUGAAUGUAUAAAUGAUAAAGUAAUUGGUGGAACACUUUCUGAUAUGUGCUGGGAUCAAAACGCUCAACGUUUAGCUAUAACUUUUAAAAAUAGUGGGUCUUUAGUUGUAUUCCAAACUGCUAUAAGUGAAGCAGUUGUUGAUUGCAUUCCAUUUUGUAUUAUUCAAGGACGGCUUGAUGAGGAACCUUCUGCUAUUGCAUUCCAACCAACUUAUGAAAAAGGGUCUUUAUUAACAAUUGGUUGGUCAAAUGGGAAUAUUGAAUAUGUACCAUUUGAAUAUAUUACUAAGCCAAAACAUGAACCUGAAAUAUUUGGAACUAAUUUGUUUGGUAUAAGCAAUGAUAGAAGUAUCUCUGGUCUACCUAGUAUGUCAACUACUACUAAUGCACUAAUUGAAUAUUUGUUAAACUAAUUUGAAAUGUAUUGUUUCUUUUUCUUAAUUUUUGUAAUUUUGUUCUCGAGUUUAAUAGUAGAUUAACCAUCAUUAUAAUACAAUUCCAAUGUUAAUAAAAUAUUAUAAUCUUACUAUAUUUUUAUGGCAACUGUACAAAAAAAUAUAUAUAUAUAUUAAUAUUGAACUCUGUUUUAACAAAAUGUAUGUAUCAAUUUUAUUAAAUGAGAAAAUGUAAACCUAUUC